GAUACCUUCUUCAUUCAAUGUCAUUGAUUUUUUUAACUUGCAUUCACGUGCUCACUCCAAAAACCUUAUUUUUUUGUUUUUCAGACCAAAUCAUUGUACAAGACUUAAAAAAACACCAAGUUGAUUUCGACGCUUCAAUAGUUUAACGAUGUGUCCACCAAGUAUCGUACUUUGUUUCGCAUUUCUGUUUGUUACUUCGUUCUCGGAAUCUCAGGAUGAUUUUACGAAUGGCAAUGAGCAGAGCGACAACUUGACGGUGCAGUCUGAUCCUCUUGUAAAUUCUAUAAAAUAUCGAAAUGAAGAGAUGAAAUUAACACGCAGUUCACAGAAAAAUUCUAUUAAGAAUAACGAUGAAAUGCAAUAUGAAUCCUGUAUUAAUUCUACAAAGAACAAUUGCAAGAAUGACUCGGUGGGAUACGAGUCUCGUGAAAAUAUAAUAAAAAAUCACAAAGAUAAUAAUCAGACAUCUAUGGAGUUUUGUACGAAUUCGACAGAUAUCAAUGAUUUCACAUUACAAGAAAUUAAUAAAAAUCUGACCAAAACUGAAGACAAGAACAAUUCUAUAUCGUACAAACUUGAUUCCAAUAGAAUAAUUAAAACUACCUUUCAAUAUGAAGCGUGCAAUGAUGAUAUUACUUGCAUUCAGUUCUGUUGUCCGUUUGGUAAUAUCUUGAUGACGACAAAGGGACGGUGCAUCUCUCGUGGAGAGGAUAAUNNNGCUCUUCCAAACAAACACGGGAACGAUUCCCAGGAUAAAACAGUCGACGAACUAUUUUUGACUAUUCACGAUCCAUGCGUUUCAAAAGGAUAUGAUCGCAAAUUUCUUUUUCCCAAUACAUACUUGUUUCUCACCAAUGGCUAUUUGUACAAUAAUCAUGAUGGCGAACUCAUUUUACCAGAGUCUUAUUGCUUUGCCAUUUUGUUUCGGGAUAAUCGGAACAUAUAUGACGUGAUCGUCUGCGAUAAUCAGACUACACUUCCAAUAUUUGUAUCCAUAUGCCUCCUAUUGUCUUUGCCGUUCCUGCUGUUGACGUUCAUAAUAUAUUCCAUAUUGCCAGAAUUCCAGAAUAUCCAUGGUUAUACAUUGCGUGCACACGUGGGUUCAUUAUUCAUCACAUACGCGAUUAUGUGUUUUGGCCAAGUUUCUGGAUUAGAUGAACUGACAUUAUAUUGCGUUCCAUUAGCAUAUAUCUUCAACUUCUUCUUUUUGUCAAGUUUUUUUUGGCUAAAUGUAAUAUGCUUCGAUAUUUGGUGGACAUUUAGAGAAUUCCGUCCGUAUCGAAGAGGAGCAAAAAAAAGAAAGAAGCUUAUAAUAUAUUCGAUCUAUGCAUGGGGAGUCACCAUCAUUCUCAAUGUUAUCUGUUUCCUCAUGGAUAAUCUUCCCAUAAUACCAAUAAAUGUGGUCCGACCAGAAAUUUGCCAAAAAAGAUUUUGGUUCAGUGAGAAUGAAGCAAAAACGCUAUAUUUUUAUGUACCCAUGGGUGCUACUAUCAUCAGUAACAUUUUUUUUUUCAUCUGCACAACACUAACGAUUCUGUACCAGAAAAUAUAUAUAGCUCAGUUGGAAGACUCGGAGAUUUGGCGCCACGAUGAAAAUAAGCAAAGGUUUAAUAUGUAUUUGAAGCUGUUCGUAGUGAUGGGAAUAACUUGGGUUUUGGAGAUAAUGUCGUGGAUCGAUAUUGGUGCUAAUAUUGUAUCACAGUUCAUCUGGUAUCCCGCUGACAUCAUAAAUGCCUUGCAAGGUCUCACCAUUUUCAUCAUAUUUGUGUGUAGAAAAAAGACCCUGCUAACGCUAUUAAAUCGAUUUGACUGGAAGAUUUGCGAUCCAUUUAAGAUUCCAAUAAGCGAUAGCAGAAAGGAGUUCGGAACAAUACACAUGCAACGAAUGGGUUCCUCUAAUUAACAGCUAAUCAUCUCGCAAAGUUCAAUUAGUCUUACUCAUAAAUGUUGCAAUGCAAAGGGAAAAUUCUAUUAUAGAUAAGAGUUAACAGUUAAUUAGCAGCAUAAUUUAAUUCUUCAGUCUUUAGAAAAGAGAUUAAAAUUAUACAA